GUAUUGAAGGUCACCAGCGGUUAUUUCCUCCAUCAUCACUCUCUGUCAGUGGAUGCUUUUGAUGUUUUUUUUUUUUACUGUGUGUGAACGCAUCUUUGCCUACAUGGUAAUGUUGUGAAUUUACUGGACUGUUGUUGUGAUGAUGUCAUGCAUUAUUUUGAGUUUUUCUCUUUGUAUUUAGCAAGUGGUGGAUAUUAUUAAUAACUGGAGGGAGUACCGAGCAUAUCAAUUGUACGUAUAACACCUGCGUUGCUUGCACAUGUGCUGGAGCAUGAGCGAGCAUACCGUUGACUUUGUGGAUUAUUUCAGUUUUUCUAUUCAGUUUUAUUGUGCAAGGUGGUGGUCAUCAUUAAUAACUGGUGGGAGGUGCAAUCCCAUUAUUCAUAUGUUGCAAACAUAUGCUUGUGCAUGAGCAAACCUACUGUGAGCUUUGACUUGGUGGAUUACUUUGAGUCUUUCUGUUUAUUAUUAUUAUUAAUCAAGGUGGUAGUUGUCAUUAAUAACUGGCAGGCGGAGCUAUGAUUAGAAUGAUAUGACAAAAAUGUACUCAUGAGUGACCAACCGUAUCUUGGGCUUUGACUUUGUGGACUAUUUUGAGUAUUUGUGUUUAUUUCUAUUAUGCAAGGCGGCAGUUAUUAUUACUAACAAGCAGAAGAAGGGAUUAUAGAAAUUAUGUGACAAAACUUUUACAUGCAUGCAUGUGCGUGCGACUGUCCCGUGGACUUUGACUUUAUGGAUUAUUUUGAGUCUUUGUGUUUAAUUCUGUUAUGCAAGGUGGCAGGUAUUAUUAAUAACAAGCAGAAGAAGGGAUUAUAGAAAUUAUAUGCCAAAAAUGUUGCAUGUGUGCAUAUCCUCCGACUAUCCCGUGGACUUUGACUUUAUGGAUUGUUUUGAGUCUUUGUGUUUAAUUCUGUUAUGCAAGGUGGCAGGUAUUAUUAAUAACAAGCAGAAGAAGGGAUUAUAGAAAUUAUAUGCCAAAAAUGUUGCAUGUGUGCAUAUCCUCCGACUAUCCCGUGGACUUUGACUUUAUGGAUUAUUUUGAGGAGCGAUGUUCGAACCUUCGAUAUAACGAAGGACGACUAAACAACGCAUGAUGUACUCGUGCAUGUGUGAGCAUAUCAUAAGCUAUGACUUUGUGGAUUAUUUCUAGUUUUUCUGUUUGUUUUCUUGUCCCUCACCGUUUUUUAUUUUCCUCUUAGAUGCCGACCCCAGACAUUAAUUCUUUUCUCCACUCACCUUUUCCCGUCCUCGUGACCCCUGCUCCCUGCCGGAGGGAUGAAGUCAUGCACUUGUGGCAUAUAUAGUAUAAUGCUGCCCCCCAACUCCCCACAGCCCGAGUGCUCACUGUGGCCUCUCUUUGCCCUCACUUAGUCGCUAUAGCGCAAGAGUCACACCGGCAGAACACACACAUCGCCAGCCUUGCAUGACGGACAUAUCCUUGAUUGUCCCCGAUGUUCCCCACAGCGUACCUGACCGCCAACUAUGGCCAAUAUUCACAGUGAAGCCUGCUUUCACUUUCACUAUGGCGCAAGCAGUCAUGACGGUGACUGCAUCUCCCCCCAUUAGAACUAAAAAUACACCAUAUAUGGUGAGGUGCUUAAAGAUGAAAGUGGACACGGGCGUGCACGCUCACUCAAUGCUGUGAUCCUUCAUUAGCGCCGCAGCAUUCAGUCAAUAAUUUCAUGCCGGAAUACGGAGCACUUCAUCUCCACAAUGGGGCCUGAUGAUGGCUAAUUCGGGUGAUGUCCUUCACCGCUCACCAUUUGUGUGCACAUUAAACUAAAGUUUCACCCAGAGGAGUUAAAAAUAGAGGCAGGCACAAGUCUGCUGUAAAAAGUUGACUUUUACACCUUGGGGCCUUUUGGCAUUAGAAAGGCUGUGAAUCAUUACCUUGAUGUUGCACAGCCUUUAUUAACGGUAACAUGUUCUCAGUGGGCACGCAAGUGUAAAAAUAAGUUAACCUCUGCCCACCGCUUAUCCUCAUUAAGGUCACGUGGGUAUGCUGGAGCCUAUCCCAGCUGGGUUAGAGGCAGGGUACAUCCUGGACUGGUCUCCAGCCAAUCGCAGGGCACAUAUAGACAAACAACCAUUCACACUCACAUUCAUACCGAUGGACAAUUUGGAGUCGCUAAUUAUCCUAGCAUGUUUUUGGAAUGUGGGAGGAAACCGGAGUAGCUGGGAAAAAAAACCCAAGCACGGGGAGAACUCCUCACAGAGAGGCCCGAAUGGAGAUUCGAACCCAGGUUUUCCAUAAUUGUGUAGUCAACAUACUAACCACUCAUCCACCAUGCAGCCUCCUUAAGAUCCAACACUACAAAAUGUAAAUUCAUGCAAUUUUUCAAAUUGUCUUAAAAUUUUGAUCAGUUCACGACUUUGUAGCUGUCUUGCAAGACACACAUUUGAAGUUUUAUGCAACUUUUCUUGGUUUGGUGAAAUUUCAACCUCUGGUAAUUGGACCAGUCUCGGCAGGGUCCUUGAGGGCGCAUGGGAGUCUACAUGUGUUUUGUGGUCUUGGAGAAAGCAUUCAACCAUGUUGCUUAAGGAACCCAUAAGGUACCCAAUGACCUAAUUUAGGCAGUUUGGCUGUAGGACCGGUGUCAGAGUUCACCAGGAAUGCUUUUUGUCACUGAUGCAACCAGGAUGAGAAUCAACACCUCUAAGUCCAUGGUUUUGCCUGGAAAUGGCGGAGUGCCAUCUCUGGGUCAGGGAUGAGAUCCUGCCAUAAGUGGAGGAGUUUAAGUCCUUUAGGGUCUUGCUCACGGGUGAGAGAAGGAUGGAAUGUGAGAUCGGCAGGCCAAUCGGCAUGGUAUCUGCAGUGAUGCCGACUCUGCAUUUGGUCUGUUGUGCUGAAAAGGGAUAUCAACCGUUCCUACGCAUAGGUGGCUUUGGCAUCUGGUCAGGAAGCCUCCCUGGGGAGGUAUUCAGAGGACAUCCGACUGGUAGGAAGACCCAUGACACUUUGGAGAGACUAUGUCUUUCAACUGGCCUGGGAACGACUCGGCAUCUGUCAGGACUUCCUUUCUUCCUUAGGCUGCUGCCCCGCGACCCAACCUUGGAUAACCGGUAGACAGAUGGAUGGAUUUUAAAUGCUAUUGUUUAUUCACAUUUAUACCCCAUUUAGUUGGAAACCACACAAAUUUGACUGUGUGUUUGUGUGUGUCGUAUUGUAGAUCUCAUUUAAACGGACAAAAAAAAGUUCUAGAUCCCAAUAUGAGCGAUAUCUAAUCAUGGAGGAUUGCGAAGUCUGGUCCCAUCGCAAUGCAAUACAUCAUGUUGAUGGCGUCGUUUAACAAAGCCCCGUUGACAUUUGGAUUUGAAGCAGCCGGCUGCUGAGCCAGACCACACACACACACACACACACACACACACAUAAAGAGAGAUAGCGAGGGUGAGACGUGUGCAUGCAUACACACAGCAUCAGGUAUAGGAAAAGGGCGGUCAUUAGCGUUAGUUCUCUGUGAUUAGCCAUGUGAAACACACACACACAUUGUGUUGUGUGUUGUGAUGCCCUCUGUCUGAUGUGUGGCACAAAAUGGCGUCGCCCAAGCAGAGGCAAGGAAGAUGGGAACAAGGCCAGGCAGAUGAAGGAAGAGAAGGAUGCUAGGAGUUUUUAUGUGUGUGUUUUUUUGUGUUUUUCUAUCUUCUUGUGGUACAAUACUUAACAUCCCACCUUUAUUGUGGGGACAGGGCAAGGACAUUUUGCCUCGUCCAUGCAAAAAUGCUAAUAUGAGCUCUUUUUAGUCCAUAGACUGUUGCGUGUGUGUGUGUGUGUGUGUUUGUGCACUUCUCGGCGUAAACACGUAUGUUCUUUCAACAACACAACAAAAAUUGAGUAAGUUUUUCCUCCUGCAGGUGGAGUGUGACCUUCCUGUCUCUCUCGCUCGCCCCCCUCUCUCUCUCUCAUGCAUCUGUCCAUCCCUGCCUCCCUCCUCCCCUCUCACUCACUCCCCGCAUCCCCGUAGUUUGGCGCUCAGAUGCGUGGCAGGUAAUUUGCGCGCUAUUGCAGAUUAAAGUUUAAUUAGUGAGCGAGGAGUCAUUUGGGUCUCAGUUGAGUGGAAUAAGGCAGACGUGUGUGCGUGUGUGUGUGUGCAUGUGUGUCCCUUCUGCUCGCUCGCUCACCCUAACACAUCAAGGCUCAUCACAGAGGGAGAGAAAGCAGAGAGUGGGAGUCGCCGAUCCACUUCCUGCUUUCAUCAACAAAGAACAAAGGAUGGAGUCUUCCCCCUUUUUUCCUCUUCAUCUCCUCCUGCCUCCUUCCUUCCUCAUCCUCUUUCCGCUGCUCAGUUGGCACACUUCCACAGCCAUAUUCACACUUGUAUGCUCCCUGACACCCUUACCCCCCUCCCCUCGUUCCCAUCUCACCUAUCCUCCCCGUUGUGCUUACAGACGAAGGAAGUUAUGCAGUCCUUCCGUGAGCGCACCGGUGGUUACCACAGCAACCAACCCUGCUACCAGCAGGAGCCCCAUGAAUUAUCACGCCUGGAGACGUACCGACAACACCCGCAUCACGCCCACCCUCAGCUCCCCCACCCGGGUCCUGGUCCACAUCCAGGCCCGGGACCGGGUCAUUCGAGGUCGGCCUAUGAGGCACGUUCGCUCGUAAACACUGCAAGUAUGUCUGCAAGUACAGGAGCAGUAACGGGAGGCGCACCUAAGGAUUGUUACAGCCAACACCAAGCCUACCCUGGAUACCCAGGGAAUGGUGGCGGGAUUGGUAAUGGAGGUUCAACACCCUCGCAGGCAAAGAAACCUUACAGAGGAAGCAAAAUCCCUCUACCAAAUUCUAGUCUACAGAGUCAUGGGGGCUACAGCAACCAGAUGGGCACCGGGACCUACUCGGCUCAGUAUAUGAGUGGAGGCCACCUCCAGCAGAAAUGGGAGGAUCCAGCUCAGAUGACACAAUAUGAGCAGGAGAUGGUUGGUCGCAUGGAGGCUGGCGGUCCCCCAGCCCCUAACUCCUCCUCACAGUACAUGGACCAGAACAUGCUGGGCCAUUCCCAGUCCCAGUGCCACCAGCCCUCCACGCCAUCUUAUUCCAGCCCCCAUCACCAGUCCCACCCGACUAACCCUUCCCCCUCCCCAUUAAUGUACCCGCAAGGUCACCUGCACUACCCCCAACCUUCCCCGUCACCUUCACCUUACAUAGAAAAGUGUAGCCCCAUGCCUCAUUGUUAUAAAGGUUACAACAUCCCCCCGAGCUCCCAAUAUGGCCGACAAAUGAGCAGUCACACUAACCUCAAGCAAGGAGCCUACAGGACAUCCCAGAGCAGUUAUAACUACCAACACUCAAGAGGGUAUGAGCAACCGCCCCCGAUGCAACCAAUGGGUAACUCCCAGGAGUCCCACCCCAAAUACCAACACUUCAAUCAACCGCAACAGAACUACUGCCUUUCAGAACUGUCCGUCAGGUCCCCAGAACAGUAUUAUCAAACAUGUAGCCCCUCUUCAAGCCACUCUCCUGCACGCUCUGUGGGACGUUCCCCUUCAUACAGCUCCACCCCGUCACCAUUAAUGACCAAUCCAGAGUCAUUCCAGUACGGACAACCGCCCAUGACCCCGGGGGCGGCCUCAUCGUCGUCGUCCUCUUCAGCCGGCAUGCAAGAACAAGGCGGUUCCGCUGCUAUGUUGUUGCCUCCUCGCUCACACCCUUCACCCAGUGUGCCCCACGCCGCCCCGCACAGCUUCACAAGCACCCUCCAGGGACCUAGCAUGAAGGAGCGCUUCUCGGAGAAGCUGCUGUCAAAUCCCAGUUUGUGGAGCCUGAACGCCCUCACCUCUCAGGUAGAGAACAUAUCCAACAAUGUCCAACAGCUGCUGCUUUCAGAGGCCCUGGUGGCCAACAAGAAAGCCUCUAAGCGAAACAGCGGAGGAAGCAACAGUAGUUCUGGAAGCGCAGCAUCGUCCAAAAAGGGCGAGGACUACAAAAGUCCGUAUACAGAAAGUGUCGGAGGCCCGAUACAGGACCUUUACUCUACUGUGCAGCAUCAGACAAUGCCUAUGGAACUGCACGAGGGAGGCUACUCCAGCAGUAGCGACGAGCAACUGGACAGAGGCUACUACCAUAGCAGCCAGGGCAGGAGUCCAGCUCAGCCGCCUAACAACACCCACCUUAAUGUGGACACAACCUCUUCCUGUUCCAUGACAUCUCCAGAUGAUGUGUCCACCAGGUCUGGAGACUCAGGUUUGCACACCUUUACUCCUGACCCGAUUGGAUGUCAGUCAGUACAAGGAGGAGAUGCUACUCCAGCUAAGAGCGUUGGCGAUGAGAGGUCUCCUAUAAGUGUUACAAUACCCAGUCCUAUGAAACAUGACAACGAUUCAUCUUCCGAUUUACAGCAUAUCAAUGAGCCCAUUAAGGAGAACUUUGAGGAAUCUGCUUGGACGGAGAAGUCGGCAUACACAGAAACUAAAGACAAGACUAUUGAUUAUGAAAGAGAUGACUUAACUAAAACUAUAGCGAAAGAAGAGAAAUGGUCAGAUGAUGAAAAAUUUCACUACAGCCUAGUAAACAAAGGCGUGGCAGAAAAGGACUUUUGCUAUGUGGACACUGCAUAUGAAGAAGGGGUCCAGAGGAAAUAUGACCCAGAUUCACUUGAGCAGUCCCCGGCCGCGUGCUCUGACUCGAGCCACAAUUUUGGCCAAGAGAUGAAGGAAGAAGCAUACAAAUCAGAGUCUUCGGUUGCGUCUGAGAGCUCUCUGAAAGCGUUGCCUUUUAUUCCUGCCAGUGACCUUGAACGGGAUCAAUACGCUGAAAAGGAGGACAGCUCAGACACCCCUCAAAUUGAGGCCUUGGAAGAGAAAAAAUCCAACAAUACAGACAGCAGAGAAUUGGUCGAGGCAGAGCAGCGGGAGGCGGAAGCGGAUAAACAAGAAGAAGAGUUAGAGGAACGAAAGCAACAUCCUCUGUCCCCUCCCCUUUCUGAUAAAGUCACACAGGAACCGGAGGAGAACAUUAACCAGUCCUUGACUUCUGAGCUCAUGAAUAAUAGACAAGGGUCUGAGAAACCUUCUGGUGACCUUUGCAACAGGACAGAGAAUCAAAGGGCUGAGCUCCAUAAUGACAACGAGCUAGCCGGAGUGCCCGUUCAUCCAAACGUGGCAACAGAAGCCCCGGAUGCUUCUUCAAGAGAGUCAGGAAUCGGUGACACCGCUCCGCAGCCCCAAUCCGCUAUGCCGGUCUUCUCAGCUCUGAACGAUAAGACAACAGCUACUCCGACUCAGUCCAGGGAUCACAUUGAUCACAGUGACGCCAAAGUGCUAGAGCCAGACUCUCCUCAGCUGCCAGGGAAGUCAAUACUUCCCUCAGCCCCCUCUUGGGCGGACACACCACCCUCCCCAAAGAAAGGGGAUGAGGACAUGGAGCCGGGCAUCAGCUGCUCUAGUGCUGUCACCCCAUUGGCCAAGCCAGAGCCCAUGGCCCCAUCUGCUCAACCGAGGGCAUUUGGACGCAAGCAUGCAAGGGGGAGAAGGAGAAUGAUGCAUUCAGGUGCAGCAAUCAGGAGACAGAUAAGCUCAGAACGGGAAGAAGAAAAAGAGGAAGAGACUUUGGCUUUGCAGAAACCUUGCAGGCCUCCGAGCAAAACUAUGUUAUUCUCAGAUCAGACUGACCUCACCGAUCAGGAAUCGAUAGCGAGCCAGACACCCAAAAUGCUAACUGAAGCGUUUAGUUCGAGAAUGUGCACACGCUCAUUCAAUGCAACGGACCUGCCGUCUAAAGUGGAGGCUCAUUUGAAGAGGAAACCAGGCCCAAAACCUGGCCCCAAACCAGGCUUAAAAAAUGCAUCUAAACUAGGGCCAAAACCUGGAGGAAAACCAGGCCCUAAACCUGGUCUAAAGCCUGGCUCCAAGCCUGGGCCAAAACCUGGACCUAAACCAGGACCAAAGGCCGUGCCAAGUACACCAGAUCCAUCAGAGAAAAUCGAGACUCUGGGGAAACGAAAACCAGGGCCAAAGCCUGGUUUAAAAAUAGGAUCAAAACCUGGCCCAAAACCUGGUUCAAAACCGGGACCAAAGCCUGGACUCAAGUCUGCAGAUGUUUUGCCACCUGCUGAUAACAUAACCAUUAAGGCCCCCGUUGGUCGUCCUAAAGGUUCCAUUUCUAAAGCGAAGCAAGUACAACAGGAAGAACUCAGUCAGCAUUUCACAGGACCACAAGCCAGGGGCAGGAAGAACAUCAAGUCUACAGUAUCACAACUAAACCAGGAAGAAAAGACACCAAAUUGCAUGAAAGCACAAGAAAAUGAAAAUAAAAAUAUGAUAUUGAGGUCCAGAAAGCCCUCACAGACAAAAGCGUUGAAAGAGAAGGAGAAAAUCAUACACAAACAAAGUCUAACAGAUCUCACAGAAAUUGAAACAGUAGAUAUUUGUCUGAAAAGAGGGGAGUGUUUAAUCGUGGAACAACCUCCAGAUACCAUCAGAAAGAUAGAACCAAUUCCAUCAGAACAUACGCCAUUGGUUCUGAGUGAAAAUACAGAAGAAACAACUACGCUUCCACUGAAAUGUCAAUCACCCAUGGACACUUCAACCAUACCUGUAAAGAAGAAGAGGGGUCCAAAGCCUAAACCAAAACCACUACAACCUCAAACAACACUUGUGGAACACAUUUUUUCCACAUCUCAAGAGGGGGAUAUUCAGGGCUCCAGAAGAAAGAGAGAACCACUCACAAAAGAGUCGGAGAUCCACCACCUCUCCAAACAGAUGCCCUCUAAUGUCAAUGAAACGGAUGUUAGUGACGUGGCUGUAGUGCCUCCUCAAUGCCCCACUAAAACGAAGGUUCUCCCUCCACGUAAGGGCAGAGGACAGAAAUAUGAAGCAAUGGUGCAGAAAAUUACAUCGCCUAGCUCCAAGAAAUACCUCCAAACUCCUCAGAUAGAAAUCAAUCUCAAUGACGAGGCAACAACGAAGGACUUCUCUAUGCAUGUACUCAAAGACGGGGAGUCUUCUAUUCCUGUUAAUGGCACAGAAAUGAUGGAAAGUGAAAUGAAAAACAGACAAGAGUGUGCAAAACUUGAAGAAGGAGCCCUGAGAAAGGAUGUCAAAGAAGAGACUGAGAAGCAGGAAAUUAGUCCAGAUGCGUCGUUACCAGAUGACUUGAGAGACACGGUCGUUGAAGAAGGUGUCGCUAGUGAAAAUACAAUACAAGACCACCAUAAACGGAAUAUCCGAAGUCCAACAAUGGAGGCACAAGUAGACCUCGGCUCUCGAGACGAAUGGACCCAACAGGCACAAGCACUUUUAUUUACAGAUGGAUCCAAGUCCUCCAAAAGGAAGCGAUGGGCAAUGGUGGAAAGUACGGAUGCUUCGGUCAUCGCUUUGGAAGCAGACAACCUAAUAGUCACAACACCGAGACUUGCCAAGCAGAAGGCUAUUAAAAACAACCACGAGAUGCACUUAAAGCAGAAAAGGAAGCGAAAAGGUUUGGUUGCAUCAGAAGAACCAGAAGCAACCAAAGAAAUCAAAGUUGAAACCGCAGAUGUGACAGCCAAUGAGGUGAUAGCGUUCUCAGAAUCCACGCUGCCUAAUAGUUCGGAUGAUAUCAAAGAAUUCCCCAACGGUAGCGGUCCACAAGUUGUGCAGAAAUCCAGAAGAGGAAGAAAGCCAUCGACAAAUCCAGCUAAACGGAAAAGGGGAAAAUCCUUACCCGAUGAGACUUCUGACAAACCAGUGAAAGUCUACAAAAAACCUGGGCCAAAACCCGGAAUGAAGGAUGCGUUGGAGGUCAUUGAGGCGGUGGUUCGGGCUGCUGGGUGUGAACAGGACGAAAAAGAAAAGGGACAAUAUGAAAAUGAAGUAGGAAACUUUAAAACCGAGGACAAAGACUACAGUCUACAGGGUCCUGCGGAGAAAAACAGUGGAGCCAAUUCCGUGAAGAGAAUCCGAAGCAAACCGAUCCCGCAACAUCCGAUGUAUUUCUGUCCUUAUGUACGGAUCAACAACUCCAGAGACUUUUCCUCUUGGUGUGCCAUAGUCAACAAACCCGAGGAUGCACAGGUUUUUCAGAGACGAAGAAAAAAGGGGAUCCUUCGAAUGAGGAAUCCUUUCACAGUUGCAAAGGUGGUACCGCACACCGCUGCCAUGCUGCAAGGACCCUCGGUCAAACCACAUCUUACUGAGAGGCAUCUUACAUGUUGCCUGUGUGGAAAGCCGUCAAACUACAGAGAUCUGGGCGAUUUGUGUGGACCGUAUUACACAGAAGAUGGAAUUCCUCGGAAAAUAUUGACCUCACAACCCUACAGGGAAAUCCCAGAAAAUCGUGACGAAGAGGAACCAACCACUUCCUCACAGACCGACGAGAAAGAAAGCAACACAGAGGUAUCACCUCAAGAAGAUCGAAACCAAAGGCAUCAUCACUGGCCUUACAGACGUGUACAGAGAAGAGAACGAACGCAUCGGGAAGGUGUUCCUCGAAGGCUAACUCUCAGAGAGAGGUUAAAGAGGAUGAAGCAGCUCCAGGUCGGAUAUUCCAACGACCAAGACAGCUUGUUCCAAAGGCUUCAACAGGAAGCAGAGGCAGGGGAACAUUGGGCCCAUGAAAACUGUGCAAUCUGGACCAAGGGGGUGAUUAUGGUCGCCGGGCGGUUAUACGGACUCAAGGAGGCUGCCAAUAACGCCACACAAAUGAACUGCGACAAGUGCCAAAUUGCGGGAGCAUCCCUCAGUUGCUGUUGGAAAAGCUGCUCUCAUAAAUACCACUACGUCUGCGCCAAAGAGAUAGGCUGCACAUUCCAUGAAGAUGACUUCUCCAUAAAAUGUCCCAAACAUGAGGAUUUGUAAAGAUACCCCAGUGGACUACCGGGACCUCACAAGCGAGAUAAACGCCGUCCUAAGCGCCACCUAAUCCUAUAAAAAAAAAACGGCGAUGAUGAACAGACACGCGCCCUGAGGUGGAGCUCUGGGCGGGGAGAGAAGACUAAGAGACAAGAUGCUCCUCAAGGACUCUGGAAAGUGUUCUGGACUGGACCCCCCAGGAAGGAGCAGUUGCGUGCAUUUGGGAGGCGGCGGAGCAUCGUUGGGCUGUUUGAAAUGCAGAGUGAGGAGUGUGUGCUUGCUAUCAUAUUCCCACACCUGGCUGACAGCGAUUGGACAGGCGCAUCCAUCUGUCCACCUUGUCUGCAGGCCAAGAGAUGUGUGUGUGUGUGUGUGUGUGUGUGUGUGUGUGAGAUUCACGAGUGUCCCUCUACAGCCACGCUGUGCAUCAUUAAUACAAGAUGUCAUGCACUGGAUGUGAAACUAAACUGGAACACGAAGACGUGUACAUUAACAUCACCGCGCCAUCAAUGUCAAACUUCUUAUAAAUAGUGAACAAAAAAAAUAUGACAAAAAAAAAGUGUACAAAUACAAUGUACAAUAGACACCACCAUCUUUACAUCACAAGAAUCUCACCAUAUCUCUUCUGUACAGUGUUAAAAAAAAAAAAAAAGGCCAUGGUGUAUAAUGACUGUCCAGUUGAGAGAAUCAUACCACAUGUUUAUCUCCAAUGUAGCCUCUCACCGCGCCGCUCUGCGUGACGACACCCCGCACAAGGUGUCCGCUCACGUAACGGUCCAGGUGACAUAUUUACAAGCGUAAAAAGAAGAGAACAAAAAAAAACGCCUCAUUCUUUUCUGCCACUCAUUAUUUAAUGGUGUAUAUAAGUAUUUGAUGAUGCUGUUUAAAUGUAAGAUGUGAUGUACUAAUAAUAAUUGUGUAUAGUAUUUCCUAGAGAUGUUUAUUUUAUAUAAAAUGGAAUAUGUUAUUGCUUAUAAAAUAUUAAAAGAAUCCAUCGAUCCUCUUUUGGGAAAUAUCACCCGUUUUAAGUUAUGAGCAUGCUAUUAUUUUUAUUUUUAUUUUUUGCUUUAAUUUAUUUUCAUGGACUCCAAAUGACACAGCAUCACUUUGUUUGACAUGUUUUUUGUACCGACGAUGUUUGGAAAAAAAUAUAUAUACCAGCACCUUCCAAUGAUGCUUUAGACUGCUCUUUAUUUUUAGUUAUUUGUUUUUUUCACAACAGUUCAAAACAUUGGGGAGCCAGUUUAAAUGUAACUAUGCCAUCAUUUAAAAAGCCAUUAAAUAAUUAUGGCUGCAAAACAGUAAUAUAAGCUGCCGUUCGAUGGUGCACAAUGUGCAAUACAUAUUUCAUAACAUUUUCUGUAACCAAGACAAAAGAUUCUAACUAUUAAGUACGCCCAAAAUGAUUUUUUUUCCAUAUAAUUUUGGUUCAAAUGUAAUGUUUUCACAUUUUGCAGCAAUUCUUGACAUCAGAGUCGAGAGUAGGUGCGACCCACAAACCAAUACUGACCUUACAGCAAGCUUGUCAUGCAGAGGAAUGAACGG